CACACACUCCUUAGUAGACAGGAAGUGAUUCUCUUUGAGUUGUUUGUUUUGAUUCCAACCAGCAAAAGCAUUACAUUGCCAGACGUAUAAACACAGGGUUUUUUUUUUGUUUGUUUGUCUGUUAGUUUUUUUUAUAUAUAUAUAUUUAAGAGUUAAUUGUCAGUAUUGAAAGUUUUACACGAGAAGUUAACCUGCGAGAUUCUGGCAAUAUUUGACGGCGGUAGCUGGUCUCGAUAGAGAACAUUGUUUCGCAGAACUACUGCUUUGGAAAUUCAGCAAACAAGGGCAAACACCUAUUUUAUUUUAAACGGUACAGGCAUUCGUGCCAGGUUUAACACUCCCUUGUUUGUAACCUUUAACUAUUACCAAGUUUUUGUACACGACACUAAAUAGUGAAAUGCGUAGGUAGGGACAGAAAAAUCAGUAAUCAACAGUGUAGUGAAAAUUUUUUGGAAAUUCCCUUUUUGUAAAGCUUCAAGGGACGAGGAUUUUUAGUUUUGCUGUAAAUAUCGGAGCUCCAUACAGUAUGUCUGCUGAAAGAACAAUUUUCAAUGGAUUUUUUACUACAUCAAGCGUUUAAUCGCCCGACCUCAUGACGGCAGAUAUAAGCUCUGGCAAUUAUCUGGAUGAGAUAAGAGAAUGUGAAUGCAUACAUUUGAAACCAUCAGAAAUGACUGUGGGACACACUUGCCAUUUAUCUCCGGGCCCAGCUCCUUCAUCUUGGGAACUACUGUCUUCAGAGCCACAGGAACACAUCAUCUCAUGGUUCAUGCUACCAGGAGAUUUUGGCAGGAUGCACUUGACGGACCACCCACAUCUGACAGUGAUGCCAGUACUACCCAGCCAAUCAGGAUGCAGCAUUGGCAGUGAUUCUGCAAGCAGCAGCUUAUCAGAUAUAUAUCAUGCCACAGAGAGUGAAGUUGGUGACAUGGAUCUGUCUGGGCUCCCUGAGGCACCUGUUGAUUCAGAUGAUGAGUAUGAGGAAGAUGAAGGCCUUGAGCAUGCUUCUGACUCUUUGCUUGCCCGAGAUGUGGUUAGAGAGUGUUUGGAGAAGAAGCCAGUUGAGCGCAAUGAUGAAGAUAUUGAGCUGCUCCUGGAUUUCAUGCAUCAGCUGCCUGCAUUUGACAACAUGACCAUGUCAGUGAGGAGAGAGUUUUGUAUAGUCAUGGUCUUUAAGGUUGUAGAACAGGCUGGCACCAUCAUCCUGCAUGACAAACAGGAGUUGGACCAAUGGUAUGUUAUCCUGAACGGUGCAGUAGAGAUAAAUUACGAAGACAGUCGAACCGAGAUCCUCUGCAUGGGGAACAGCUUUGGAAUCUCUGCCUCCUUGGUGAAGCAAUGCAUGAAUGGAGAAGUACGCACAAAAGGGGAUGACUGCCAGUUGGUGUGCAUCGCUCAGAAGGACUACUGGCGAAUCCUCAACCAUGUGGAGAAAAACAUGCACAAGGUGGAGGAAGAAGGGGAAAUUGUGAUGGUAAAGGAGUAUCGUGAGCUGGAUCGCAGUGGAAUAUGCAAGGGCCACAUUGUCAUCAAGGGCACUCCAGAAAGGCUGAUUUUGCACUUGGUGGAGGAGCCUUCAGUAGUGGAUCCGACCUACAUUGAAGAUUUCCUCCUCACUUACCGCACAUUCAUUUCCACCCCAAUGGAAGUGGGCAAUAAGCUAUUAGAGUGGUUCAGAGUGGACAAUCUGAGAAACACGGUUACACGGAUAGUGUUGUUAUGGGUGAACAAUCAUUUUAAUGAUUUCGAAAGAAACCCUUCAAUGACACAGUUUUUAGAGGACUUUGAGAAGUUGCUAGAUGAAGCGAAAAUGAAUGGUCAUUUGCGUUUGCUGAACAUGGCCUCAGCAGCUAAACCCAAGUUGCGUCAGGUAAUGCUGCAGAAAGGGAACAGAGAUUCACCACUGCCCUUUAGCUUGCUAGGAGGGUGUGAGAGAGGCUUUGGCAUAUUCAUAGAUGAUGUGAAAGAGGACAGUAAGGCCAUGGAGGCUGGUCUCAAAAGAGGAGAUCAGAUAAUAGAGAUUAAUGGGCAAAAUUUUGAAAACAUAUCUUACUCCAAAGCUAUGGACAUUAUAAGAAACAAUACUCACCUUUCUCUCACUGUAAAGACGAACAUCUUUGUUUUCAAAGAGCUUCAAAACUAUGUGAAGAAUAUUAAGAAGAAUGGAGCUGCCAACAUUUCCAAAUUUCAUGAGAAGAAAGGCAACCGCUUCUCCUUUGUUGAACUGCCAGGCGACUUGGAACUUCCUACUGACAGCAAGAGUCGCAAGAAAAUGAAGGCCCACACAGUGUCAGCUGGACGCAUCAAGAUACGCAAGAUGCUGGAGAAGACCAGAUUUAGCAUUCUACCUCCCAAACCAUUCAGGGGAUUAUUUGGUGAUUCAGGCAUAGGACACUCUCAGGAUGACAGCAUUGUUGGCACAAAAGGGUGCAGACACAGUGUGGCCAUCAUGCCAAUGGGCAAUCUGUCCUCCAGCAGUCCUGAUUUACUACAAACAACAACCAGCACACUCAGUUUCUCAAGCUCCAUAGAUGUUCUAGAUCAAGUCUUGCGUGUUUUCAGAGCAGACCAACAGAGCUGCUACAUCAUUAUCAGCAAAGACACAACGGCCAAGGAUGUGGUUUUGCAUGUAGUUAAGGAGUUUGGUCUCAUUGCUGCUCCUGAGACCUAUUCUCUGUGUGAGGUGUCAGUCAGUCCAGAAGGUGUCAUUAAACAGCGCCGUCUACCAGACCAACUGUCCAAACUGGCAGAUCGCAUCCAACUUAAUAGCAGGUACUACCUGAAGAACAAUAUGGAAACAGAGGCCCUCUGCUCAGAUGAGGAUGCUCAAGAGCUGCUGAGAGAGAGUCAGAUUAGUCUUCUCCAGCUCAGCACUCUGGAGGUGUCUGCCCAGCUGUCCAUACGUGACUUUGGCAUCUUCCGGAACAUUGAGUCAACCGAGUAUGUCGACAGUCUCUUCAAGCCGAACUCCAGCAAUGGCCAUCUCAAACAGUUUGAGGACCUUAUCAACGAGGAGACCUUUUGGGUGGCCACUGAGAUUUUGCAUGAGGCAAAUUCAUUAAAGCGCAUGAAGACAAUCAAGCACUUCAUCAAGAUUGCACUGCAGUGUCGCGAGUGCAACAACUUUAAUUCCAUGUUUGCCAUAAUAAGUGGUCUGAACCUUGCCCCAGUUGUCCGACUACGAGGCACAUGGGAGAAGCUUCCCAGCAAAUAUGAAAAGCUUUUUCAAGACCUGCAGGAUAUUUUUGACCCUUCACGCAACAUGGCCAAAUAUCGCAACAUCCUGAGCAGCCAAAGUAUGCACCAGCCAAUAAUUCCUCUCUUUCCUUUGGUUAAGAAAGACCUGACAUUCCUGCAUGAAGGUAAUGACACAAAUGUGGACGGUCUUGUGAACUUUGAGAAGCUGCGAAUGAUUGCCAAGGAGAUCCGGCAUGUUGUGCAAAUGACCACCACCAGCAUGGACCCAGCAAUCAUGUUUCAUCAGAGGAAGAAGAGGUGGAAGAGUUUAGGGUCCUUGAGUCAGGGCAGCACUAAUUCCAACCUGCUGGAUAUGCAAACUGGACAUAAGAAGCGUGUGCAGCGCAGCUCAUUGCUAAAUGGCAAGAAGCUAUAUGAAGAUGCACAGAUGGCCCGUAAGGUCAGGCAGUACCUAUCCCAGCUUCAAGUGGAGACAGAUGAAGAGAAGUUACAGAUUAUGUCCCUGCAGUGUGAGCCAGCCUACAGUACUCUAUCCAAAAGCUUGAGUGAAAGGAGGUCCACCAAAUCUGACUUGUCUCCUGUGAUCACACGCUCAUCUUUGAUCUCUGGAAAGUCAUACAAUCGUGUAUCCCAGGUCCUACAGGUCCCACCCGUCAGCCUCAAUCCCCUACGGAAAAAGAGCAUUGCCAAAGACCUAAUAACUGCGCACAGCUACAGCUCAACACAGGUGAUGAAGAAAACAUCUGUCUUAGAGCAGUACAGUGGAAAAGAAAAUGAUGACCUUUCCUUCCUUCAUUCAAGUCCCAACAUGUCCCCACAAGGUUCACCAGUGGGAGUGACUGAAUUGCUGGGUUGUAGACAGCUGAAUUUUCCAGGGUCGCAUCCAUCUCUUGCCAAUCAAGCCAAGAUCAGAAAAAUUCCAGUAGAGAACAAUGUCAUAGGCAACUUAAACAACUUGGAUCCAACCCUCAAUGAGCUUCUUGCACAUUCCAGCACAAUCAGGAGCUCACCAGAUUGCAUGCAAAAAGCCAGAAGCCAAAUACAUUUGUCCUUGGUGAGGAACUUGGUGACACAAGGCUCAAAAAGGACCUCCACUGAAGACCUAACUAUGCCCGUUUCAGAGGUAGCUGACAGUGGCCGAGGAAGCUGGACAUCGUGCUCCAGCAACCCACAUGAAAAUUUUCAGAACUUUCAGGUCCAAGGCAUAACAAAGCAUGUCGAUAUGAUGAACCAACUGCAUCAUCAUAAGGCUGACACUGUCGCUGUUCUGGCUGAUCUUCAGGCCAUAAAGAGACUUUACAAAGAUGGCUUAGAGCUAAAUCAUUCCAGACAGAGUCGGGCUUCUUCCAGCUCAGUCUCUGAAAGGUGUGAGGAAAACUACAGCACUAUUAAACAAAGAGAGAGCAAUGAGCAGCAAAGCACAGACCCUGCAUAUAAAAUGGUCACCUCCACCACAGAGAAAGGUCUCAUAGUGUAUUGUGUAACAUCACCAUGCAAAGAUGAUAGGCACAGGGCUUUGCCUCCUACCCCACUUGGUUAUCAAGGGCUGUCAUUAAGGGACAUGCAGGCACGGGAGAGUGGAGCUCUGCGGCCAGACUACUUAAAGCCACCCAACUAUAGUGUGGCAUUACAAAGGUCCAAGUUGUUGGGUGACUCAUGGAGAUUGGCAGAUGGGCAUCAACCUAUCAUCACCAGGCGUGCCAGUGUAGCAUCUCAUGCUGUAGCUACUAGUGAGGAUGAAGAACAAGUGUCAGCUGUGUGACUCUGGGGAAUGUGUGUGGAAACAGUGUGAAGUUCAGCUCUAUAACAUGAAACCACUCAUCUCCCCUCAACAAUACCAAGCAAUUCUGCAUGGACUUUACCACUUCUUAAAAUCUUUCUCUAAUAUCUUAAAAAUGUUCAUCUUUUAAAUCACCAUGUUUUGAAAAAUCUUAAAAUCUUGAUGCAAUGUGUAAUUCCUCCAAUUUUGUGGGGCAAAACGUUUUUGUUAAUUUGGUGUUUCCAUGGUGGGUGGCCUAGUAAUUAAGGUGUUGGACUGCAAAUCAAAAUGUCAUGAGUUUGAAUCCCAGGUCCACCAAGCUGCCACUGCCCUUGAGCAAGUUGUUGCUCAGUUGUAUAAAUUGAAAUAAAAUGUAAGUCACUCUGGAUAUGGGUGUCUGCUAAAUGCCAGAAAUGUCAAAUUUGAGUGUAAAAUGGAAACACACCAAAUAAAUAAAACAAGUUUUGCUGGUUAUUUUUUUCUGGUGAUUUUAUUCCAUCAAAUGCUUUCCAUAAUUAUCUACCAAAUAAACUGCCUCAUAGAUUUAAAUCUUUGAGAUGGGCCAAUUUCGAUUUAUUCACUUUAUGUUUUAUUUUGUCUUGCAUUGAGUGUGUAUCAUAAUUCUGGAUAAAUGAUGCCUGUGCUUGAUUUUUCUAGACAUACUCUUUAUAUUGCCUUACCACUAAUAGCAUCUCAGGCUAUCAUGAAUGUUAUCUCUUCAUGCAGUUGCUUCAACUGCUCCAUGCACUGCUGACUGUAAUGUCAAAUAAAUUAAGCUUUAGAAGUUUCUAAAGCUGUAAAUAUUUGCUGCAUUUUUGCAGCUGUCUGAAAUAGCACUCUAAAAGUACAAGUGGGUAAAAAUGAAAAGUUUAGCUUUGUUCAUAUUAUUAUUAUUAUUAUUAUUGUUAUUAUUAUUGUUAUUAUUAUUUUACUGUAUCAAGCUGCUUUUUUUUAUAGCAACAAGAAAUAAGUAAAAGCCCCUUCAACUAAUCUCUGUUGUAAAUGAUCUCAUUUUUUGGUACUUGCUUGUUACAGAUAUGUCUUGCUGACUUGCUGGCAACUCAGAUUGUGUUUUUCCGACUCCAACUCACAGCAACCAUGCCAUAUCAUCAACUAAAAAUAUUUAAAUAAUAAAUAUAUUAUGUAUAUGCACACA